CUUAAACGGUGCGGUUCCGCAAAAGCGAUACAAGAAAUCAAAAGGUUUUCUUUUUCACCUUUUCUUCAUUCGCUCUUUUCUUUUUGCCAUGAAUCAUUCGACCGGUUAUUCUACCGGAUUCACAGCACCUGAUAGACCGGAUUCGUCCAAUAUACCAUUUCACAGUACGGACAAUCUCACCACCAACGCCUCCAUGCCUGAUCGUAUGCCUUCUUCACCCCGCUACGGUGGCAGGGAAAUGCCGACACCGAUACCAUCCACACCAGGAGCUCCUCCUGCUGUUCCUGAUCAUGGCAGCUUUUCCAUGCCGGUUGGAGCUGCGGCUGAAAAACUCAACGAUCAUACAACGGAAUACGGAGCCCGAUUGGGCGAUCAUGAACUGCAUAAUAGAGGUGCCAGUACCACGGACCAUCUCAUGGGUCCAUCCAACGGUUAUGGAUCGUCGCCACGACCUGACGGAUUUGCACGAUUGGGAUCUACACCACCACCUACGGGUUACGGCUAUCCUCCACAAGGGUAUCCACCACCUUCUUCUCACGCCAACUUUGCUCCAGCUCCGCCUGGAACUUAUCCUCCUCCUCCGCCUGGCACAUACAACCCUUAUCUAUAUCCACCACCACAAGCGCCCCAGCCUUACGGCCAUCAACGAAAUUUCUUUAUGCGUAUGUUGCUGGGGCCGGUGACUAGACCGUGGUUCAGCUGGCUCACCGCUUUAGCCAUGUUGGCAUUAUUGAUUAUUGAGUUUGUCCAAAAUCACCAACUCACAGGCAGUGUCAUUCAAACCACUCCCGUAUGGAACCCUAUGAUCGGUCCCACCAGUAAUGUAUUGAUUCAUCUUGGUGCUCGUUAUGUUCCAUGCAUGCGACCAUUGCCGGACGUGAACACUGAUACACAGUACGCUUAUUGUUAUCGCAACCUGCAAGAUACCUGUUCUUUGGAAGAAUUAUGCGGGUUUGGUGGAUUUGAUGGAACCGGCGUGCCCAAUCAGUCAUUUCGAUUUAUUCUCCCUAUUUUCUUGCAUGCCGGUAUUCUCCAUUUUCUUAUGAAUAUGUUGACCCACUUGCGAUUGGGUUCGGACCUCGAACGAGCCCUCGGUUACCCGCGAUACAUUAUUCUGUAUAUGGCAGCAGGCAUUUGGGGGUUUGUUCUUAGUGCUAUGUUCUCACCCCGUCAGAGCGCAUCUAUGGGUUGUUCCGGUGCUCUGUUUGGGCUGAUAGGUUAUAUGCUUAUUGACGUGCUUAUCAAUUGGAAAGUGAUUCCUCACCCAUGGCGAGACUUGAUGAGUUUAUUAAUAUCUACCAUCAUUUCGUUGGUGCUUGGAUUGCUGCCUGGUCUUGAUAAUUUUGCUCACAUCGGCGGGUUCGCUGUGGGCAUUCUUAUGGGUAUCCUUAUUGCUCCCAUGAGACCAAUGAGCUCCAAACCCUUCAAGAUGGCGACAUGGGCUGCCCGUAUCGUUGCUCUGGUGUUGCUCAUUGUUAUGUUUACAGUCACCAUCAAACAAUUUUAUUCUUCCAGAGAUCCCAGUGAGAUCUGUCCCAAUUGUAAAUAUUUAUCAUGUUUACCUGUCAAUAACUGGUGCGACACACAAACACAAUAAAACUAGAGAAAGAAACUUCGCAUGGCUGUGCAUGCGAUAAAAUAUAU